UAUAUAAAUUUGGAAAAAUCAGUCCUUACACACUCCUGCUUCUACGUGUUAAGUUUUUGUAGCUCUGUGCAUUGUUUUGUUUUAAAACAAUAAAGCUCACUUCCGCUGUUUAGCGGUAAGAAGCAGUGAAUCUUUACUAGUGUAAAGGUUCUGGGCACAUUCAGGCCCAAAUAAACAGUCCACUUCGAUCGAUUGUGGAGAAGAGAAAGAAAACUCGACGCUAGGAUGAAACCGACCGUGCUUCAAACGACGCUUUUUGCAAUAUGUGUGUAUAUUAUGGUUGACAACUGCGAAUCGAUUUGCAGGGAUAUUGUUUCUUGUGGUUGGUAUGUUAGAAAAGGCUGGUGCAGACGCAAUCACUUCAUGUUCAGUUCUGUGUCUCAGUUGUGCAGAAAGAGCUGUGGCCUUUGUCGCGUAAAAGGAGUGUCUGUAUCUGAUUGUUCCGAUAGACUUCCACCUUACUGCCUAUCGUACAAAGCAUAUGGAUAUUGCUCCAGAAACAGGCAUUUCAUGAUGCGAAAUUGCAAGAAGACAUGCGGGUUUUGCUCGAGUAGAAAGACUGUCAAAGAAUGCAAGGAUAAUCGUAAAAGCUGCGCCUACUGGGCAAAUUCCGGCGAAUGUAAUCGAAACUCUAGGUUCAUGCACGUGCAAUGUCGCAAAAGUUGCGGCUUAUGUGGUACGAGUGAUUGCAGGGACAACGAUAGGCGCUGCUCACAAUGGGCUCAAAAUGGCGAAUGCACUCGAAAUCCUCGUUAUAUGCAUCAACAUUGCCGCAGAAGUUGCAAACUAUGUGAUACGAAGCCAAGACCAAAGCCAAGGCCGAAGCCGAAACCAACGACCAAACCGCAAAUCAAAACUACCCAAACGAAAACAACAGAGCAACCAACACCACCUAUUCCCUCUGGACAACCGCCGGUUGAACCGAAGUCGCCGCCACUCCCUACAGGAACACCAGUCAUGCCACCAAUCCCCACAGACGAAACAAUUCAACCUCCAUUUCCCACCAACGAACCAGCAACACCACCAAUGCCAUCUGAAGCACCUGAAACCCCUCCCCUUCCCACAAAACAACCACCAGUUGAACCCCCAAAGCCAAGUGAAAAACCAGAAACCCCUCCCAUCCCAUCAGAGAGGCCAAUUGUUGAACCCCUAAAGCCAACCGAUAAGCCAGCAACUCCUCCCGUUCCCACAAAACAACCACCAGUUGAACCCCCAAAGCCAACGGGAAAAACAGAAACUCCUCCAAUUGAUACCAAGGGGCCUCUUCCUGUAGUAAACACUCCUGCAACGUUGCCGCCGUUAUCUUCACUUGUCAAUGGCGAUGGAUGUGGUCUUGGUUCUGUACCACCAAUAGUGGGCGGGAACAUAGCUCGACGCGGGCAAUGGCCUUGGAUGGUUGCUGUUGUUGAAAAUAAAACCCUGAAUAAAAUCCACUGCGGCGCAAGUUUGCUGAGUGAUCGCUGGGUUUUAUGUGCAGCUCAUUGCUUUCUACGUUUGAAUGAAAAAGACCCACCGACAUAUCUUGCAAAGGUUGGCGAAUUUGAUCUAACUAAGGAUGAUGAUGAUACUGUUGUCAAAAUUGAAAAGAUAAUUGUACACGAGAAGUUUAGCACUUUGACCAAAGACUACGACAUUGCUCUGUUGAAACUUGCAAAACCUGUAAAAUUCUCUAGAAAUAUUAGGCCAGUCUGUGUCUUCUCAAGAACGGCCCUUACGGAUUGCACAGUUGCUGGUUGGGGAGACAACAAAAAUCCUGAGAAGAAAGUAGACGUCCUUCAAGAUGUAAAGCUCCCGCUCAUCGACAAGGCGGAAUGCGAGACCAUUUUCAAACCAUUUAAUAGAAAGUUAACGAGGCGAAUGACGUGCGCAGGCUGGAAGGAAGGUGGAAAGGACGCAUGCAGGGGUGACAGUGGUGGACCGCUAAUGUGCCAAGCAAAGGACGGGGGGCCUUGGCAUCAAGUAGGCGUCGUGAGUUGGGGAAUGGACUGUGCUAGGAGAAACAUGGUUGGUGUUUACACAGAUCUGCUCGAAUUUGAAGACUGGAUUGACAGCAAAAUUUCUCCCGCAACAUUUUUGCCUUAACUGCUGUAAAAGAAAAUUUUGUGACAAGUAUAAUUCUUGGUGUUUCGUAAAAUUAAUCUUGAUAGUAUCAAAUUGUCAAUUUUUCAUACUUUUUUAUAAUGUUAGGUUAUUGAGUUAUGAUUUUCCACAAAACAA